AUGGAAAAUCUAGAAUCAUUAGAAUCAAACAACCAAUACUUAUCAAUAGACAAUAAUCAGGAAAAAGUAUUCGAAACAUGCUUAGAUCUUGCAAAAAAGGCUCGGCAACAAUGCCAUCAGCUCUUACAGUCUUAUCCAAUUGAUUCUAAAGCAAAAACACACUUAAUGACGUUGAUAACACGACUUCGUGCAGCAAAUAGAGCAGCAUACCUUGAAGCACGCACUUCAAAACAAGAAACUCAACGUUCUCGUCAAUCAUUGGAUCAGAAAUAUGUGCAACUUCAAAAUCUUUAUUAUGAACAACAACAUAUUUUAACAACAAUUAAAGCAUGCGAAACAUUUCCUACAACGUAUGAUUCGCUUUCUAUGAUUUCAGAAGAAGAGUUUCUUGCACUUCAUCCUAAUCUUAAUAACGCUACAGAUCAACAUAUUCUGAUGCUUGCUCGUCUUUCCUACGAAAAAAAGGAGAGGGAAAAUCUCGAAAAAAUUAGACGGGAUCUUCUUAAACAGAAAUCUGAGUUAAUAUCUCAAAACAAAACUCACAAAGAAGAGCUCGAAGCGUUAGACUCUCAAUUAAAAAAUUUCAUACGGAAUGCUGAACCUUUACAAGAAUUUAUGAAAAAAUACUAG